AUGAGUCAAAUAUAUAAGAGGUACGUGCAUAAAUCGACAGCAUUAAUACAAAAUAUUGUUGCGAAUACUAAAACAACAACGCUAGUCACACAACUAUCUGUUGAAAAAGCUAAAAAAAAAGUUCUAAAGGCAGCUUUCAAAAAAAAACCUAAUAGUUGGCCAAAAGAAAGGUCUCCGAAUUGGCUUGAACUAAACGAUGCCUUUAACAUACAUUACGGAAAGCCAACUGACUCUGAUAUAAAUAAAGUUAACCGAUUCUUUAACAAGGCCAAAGUGGAAUUUGAAUGGUGUGCAGCUAGUUUUGAUGACAUACCUGGUCGGAAACCGAAAACUUCCUUCCCGAAUGUAGAACCUGAUAACGACAUAUUGAGCAAGAAUGAACGUGAAAUUACAUCGAUUAAUACUUUGCCAGAAGUUAUCUUUCUCGGAGGAACUAAUGUAGGAAAGUCCUCUAUAUUGAACAACAUAACCACCUCGCGUGUAAGUAAAGAUUUAGGAAGUUUAGCAAGAGUGUCUAAAACAACAGGGUUCACAAAAACUCUCAAUUGUUAUAACGUGGGUAAUAAACUUAGAAUGAUCGAUUCGCCUGGUUACGGCUUUAGUAGUAGUAAAGAACAAGGAAAAAUUACUUUACAGUACCUCCUGGAGAGGGAACAACUUGUCAGAUGUUUUCUCUUACUCGCUGGCGAUAAGGACAUAAAUAGCACCGAUAAUAUGAUGAUUCGGUACAUUCAUGAACACGGAGUUCCUUUUGAAGUCGUUUUUACGAAAAUGGACAAAGUGAGAGAUUUAGACAAGUUUAAGAAGAAGGUUACGAGUUCAGGGUUAAUGGACCUACCGACUUUGCCCAGACUUAUAUUGACUAACUCGAUCACAUCCAGUACGUCCCCUAAACGGUUCGGUAUAGAUCUUUUAAGAUAUACGAUAUUUCAAAGCUGCGGCUUAAUUUCAUGA